CAACGUCUAUCUAGUGUCUAUAAGUAACACAAGCCAGAUGUACCGAAUGAUUAUCUUCAACAAUACAUUCAGAAGAACUUGAAGCAUCCUACAUCAUGCUUCCUCUUCUCCUUCUCUCUCUCCUCUCCAAGAGUGCCGCCCUGAACCUGACGGUCUCCUCGUCCGGGGGCAACACGUCCAGUACUCUUCAAUAUGGCCUGCUGUUCGAAGACAUCUACCACUCCGGCGACGGCGGUCUCUACGGCGAGAUGAUCCGCAACCGGGCCUUCCAGGGCUCCUCUGUCGACGGCGUGGUGAGCCUGGAUCGCACGACGGACUUCUGGACCGAGGUGGGCGGCGUGACGCUGUCGGUCGACACCGAAACAACUCCUCUAUCCUCGAGUCUCCCUGCUCAGCUGCGCAUGGAGGUGCCCGAGGACACGACGACAGCGGUGGGCUUCUACAAUGACGGCUUCUGGGGCUUCGAUGUGGAUGCGUCGCAGCGGUACAUCGCCAGCAUGUACGUGUACGGCAACUACACGGGCGACGUGACGUGCUACUUCUACAGCACGACCAGCGACACCAUCCUGGGAUCGACGACCAUCAGCCUCGACCAGACAGAGAGCGACGGCUGGGUGCAGACCUACUCGCCCACCUUCUACCCGACCACGACGGCCAGCAACGCCAACAAUACCUUCUACUUUGUCUUCGAAGACGGUGCCCAGCUGGCCGGAGAGAGCCUGUACUUCAACGUGCUGAGCGUGUUCAAGCAGACGUACAACAACCGGGCCAACGGGCUGCGAACAGACAUGGCCGAGGCCGUCGCGGCGUUGGGCACCAAAUACAUCCGGCUGCCCGGGGGGAACAACAUGGAGGGCCUGUACGCGCCGUAUUACUGGAAGUGGAACGAGACGCUGGGCUCGCUGACGGAGCGGCCGGGCAGACCGGGCACCUGGGGAGACUACAACACAGACGGCUUCGGCUUGAUCGAGAUGAUGCUCAUGGCGGACGAUAUGGGGCUGGAGGUGAUUCUGGGCGUGUGGGCAGGCCUGUACCUGGACGGGACUGUGGUUGCUGAAGCCGAUCUCCAGCCAUACGUUGAUUCCGUCAUGGACGAGCUGGAGUUUUUACUCGGCGACUCCUCCACGACGUACGGCGCACAGAGAGAAGCGCUGGGAUACGGCGCGUUUACCAUCAACUACAUCGAAAUCGGCAAUGAGGACUACUUGAACGGUGGAACAACCUCGUACGAUGACUACCGCUUCACAGCCUUCUACGACGCCAUUCACGCCACGUACCCGGACAUCAGCCUCAUCUCGACGAUCAACCCGAGUCCCGUCACCACAGACGGCAGCCCUGUCGAUCUGCAUCUGUACGGCGACGCAGACUACUUUGUCACGCUCUUCAACGCCUUCGACCAGGCCAGCCGCUCGUACCCGGUGUUUGUGAACGAGUACGCGGCGACCAACACGGGCAGCAACUCGGCCUCCCAGAUCGGCGCCCAGACGCUGAGCAUGGCCUGCGCCGAGGCUGUCUUCCUGCUGGGCUGCGAGCGCAACUCGGACGUCGUGGUGGGCUCUGCCUACGGCGCCCUGAUCAAGAACUACAACGAAGCCCCCGACACCGUCGCCGUGAUCAAGCAGACGGCCUCCGAGGUGCUCUACUCGAUGAGCUUCUACGUCCAGCAGCUGUUCGCCGCCAACAUGGGCUCCAGCACCCUCCCUGUGACCGCUACGGACGGUGAGCUCGCCCCGGUGUACUGGUCGGCCACCACCAACACCUCCCAUACCAUCCUCAAGCUGGUCAACUAUGACGGCGAGACCGGCGCGGACAGUGCCGUGUCUGUCACUUUGGAGGGCUCUUCCGCCGACACCGCGACGCUCAUCUCCUUCUCCGCGCCUGAAGCGGACAGUAUCAACAACCUGGCGGCGCUGGGGGGGGAGACCAGCAGUGUCACUACUACCGCUCUUCAGGGGGAAGCAGGAGUGUUUACAGUGGAGUUCAGCUCUGCCUACGAGAUUCUCAUCUUGGUAGCUUAG